AGAUUAUAUGCUCUAAGAAUAAGAACGACAGUUACGAACGAUUCAAUACAGAUAUUUGGCGAAUGUUAAAUGUAGUUAAAAAUUGGGGUAAGGGAAAUACAGUCCUACCCGUAUUCGACGGUAAAAGAGUAGGUGCGAAACGAGCGAAUGCUGUUGGAUUGAGAUUGAGAAAGCGCAUGCAUGCGCUCGCCGAAGUGGAGCGCAUGUUGAUCGAAGGCGUUAAUGAAGGUGAGAGUAUUUAUAAGGAAUAA